CGUCUAAUCUCGCAUUCACGGGUGAUGUAAUGUCUCAUAUUCCUGCACAGAGGAAGCGGUCAGUCCGACAGAGGCUCUCAGUUCGUCAAACACACACACCUCACCAAACACUGACUGAACUCAGCGCUACUCCACAGAAUUUAAGGCUUGAAUAAAUAAGACUUAUUUUCUAGCACAAUGGAUAUGAUCGCGAGGGAUCAGAAGAUGUCGGUGGGGCCACUGCCAGCAGGAAAGGGUGCAGCAUGUCUGACAUGUAAAGGGAUCUGCUCUGGAUUCCAGCCACAUUCCUGGAGAAAAGCUUGCAUACAGUGCCACUGCGGUCAGGAGGAGCAUGUGUCCAGCUCCGACAGCGAAGACGACCGCAUGGUGGGAAGAUUGCUGGCAGAGUCCCGCUAUGCCCAUCUCACCGCUAAGGUUAAGGGAGGAGACGGAAUGAGGAUCUACAAACGCAACCGCAUGAUUGUCACCAACCCAGUGGUCUCCCGUAAAGACCCAACAUUCAACACAGUCACCUAUGACUGGGUCCCACCAGGCCUCACCCAGAAACUGGCGAUGCAGUACAUGGAGCUUCUCCCUGAAGAAAGACGACCCGUGGCUGGCACAGAAGGAUCGUUAUAUCGCCACAGGCAACUGUUCAGACAGCUACCUUCCUAUGAUCACGACCCUGCAUACUGCCACAGCCUGUCCGAGGUGGAGCUGAAAGCUAUGGCUCAGUUUGUGAAAUACUAUAAGGAGGAAUCCUUAGGAGUGGGAGAAGUUGCCUUGCCUGGAGAAAAAGGUACAGCCAAGAAGAAUGAAAAUGCCCCCGAGGAACAGCCAGAUGAUGAGAGCAGCACUAAUGGAACAGCACAGUCUCCUCUCAGUGAAUAUCACUGCAGCGGCUGUGGACAGCGGGCCGCUCUGGACAGGCCUGUGGUGUAUGCGGACAGGGCGGGCUACACGAGGCUCUGGCAUCCCACCUGCUUCAUGUGCUGUGAGUGUGGCGAGGCGCUGGUGGACCUCAUUUACUUCUGGAAGGAAGGAGCCCUGAUGUGUGGACGCCAUUACUGCCAGAGCAUCAGACCUCGCUGCCUGGGCUGCGAUGAGCUGAUCUUCUCAGAAAUGUUCCUUCAGGAGGCCAAUGGCCAUGUCUGGCAUAAGGAGCACUUGUGCUGUUGGCUGUGUGGACAGAGUAUCAGAGUUCAGUGUGGCUGUGACAAACGGCCAUCAAAAUAGUUCACAAAAUACUCCAAAAUAUCACCCUGGCAAAUAGGCAAUGAACACUUACAUCCAACAAGAAAAACCAUCAUCGAUCAUCGUCUAAAUCAUUGAUAUCAACAAAAUAUUAUUUUAUUAAAAGUCUAGAACCUAUUAAAGGGGUCAUGAACUGAGAAAUUAAAUCUUUUGACAUAUAAUUGUGCUAUAACAACAUACUGUAUGUUUCAGAAUUCAAAACUUCCACAUUGGUCCAAAAACAGCUUUUUUUGAAACCAAGCUGCCACUUCAAGGUUUUAUUAUAUAAUGAACACACAGA